UUGCGUGUAUUUUGAAUUUGGCUAAACUGCUAUUUGCAAUAUAUUAUUUUCAGACGAAUAUGGUUUCCAAGGUUGUCCUAUAACAUUCACCCAAUCCACAACCUCAAAAUCCAUGAAGAUUAAAAUAAUGGUUAGAAGAAUAUUUCACGAACGAUUCUCUUCGAGGAAACUUAACACAAGUAUCUUACGGGUUUAGUGGUGGUGGUGAUGGGUGGUAGUGUUUUUUUGUGUUCAACUGCCUUUAGGUGACGCUAUAGUACCUCCUUAAGGACGCUGAGAGAGGGAAACUCAUUUCUCACGUUUGUAUCAACCUUUCAUAAUUGUUUCAGUGCAGUUACUGAGUAAUUCACAGUACUCUUACAGUUUAAGAGGUGUAUUUGCAAAGAUGUGCUUCUGGCAAUAAAAGUCAAUCAGCUUUCAGAAGUGAUCUGACAUGCAUGCAAACAGCUAAUCAUCAUAAAAUACGAAGGGCAAACCCUUAUUCCAUGUCGAUUGAUACUCCUUUCACAGAAUAACAAUAGCAGUAUUCCCCGAUUUAUUCUUUUCAUUCAUUUAGAAUAUUGCAAACAAAUAUCCAUUUUGAAGUGUUAGGAUGUCCACUGCACUUAUGCAAGACUUAAAUCUUGGAAUCUUUAGAGUCUGAUCAUUAAAUAGCUGCAGAAUGGUGAUUAGGAGCUGUCACUGAUCAAAAUACACAUAUCAAGUAAUAGUUUGUAGUGAUUUUUUAUCACAAAUCACAAUAUACAGAUUUUCAUUGGCUUUGGGCAAAAAGAUCUCUAGAAUGAUGUGAACUGAAAGACUGAAAAUGUGCAUAAUACAUAUAAUGUACAAAGGAAAUUCACAAGAAUAGAGUUAUGCAAACAAAACAUUACUUUGGCGACUCCAAAAGCCUCAUAGCUUAUGCAAGGUCGAGGUAAGGCGAGUAUAUGUAUAUAGUGCCUUUCAUACACUGAGGCCAUUCAGUAUGCUUAGCAAAUUCCUUUUACUGGCUCACACCCAGCAACGUGGACAUCACAUCGACCAGGGUGUCCAGUUCUGGUCCUGGAGCUCUAUCAGCCUGCACAGUUUAAAAAUUCCACCAGAUCUGACUAUAAUAUGCAGAUGCUACUAAGAGCUUUGGAUCAGGUGGAUAAGAUUUGUGUUAGUACUAAAAUCUGCAGAGCUUCAGAUCUCCAGGCCCAGAGCUGGACACCCCUGACAUGCCCUACUGUAAAGGCUAAGGCAUACAUGUAGUUGAAUUUUACAUUUCCGUUUAAAAUAUUUACUGUUUUUUACUUAUGAUUCAUUCCAGCAUUUUGCCUCAUAGCCACAUGAAGUCAUGUUAUCUCCUGUUUAAUAAUUAAACAGCUAGUUGCUAAUGAUGGUGGUGUUGUCAGAGCACGGGUCGGAGGGCCCCUCAAAUCAGCCAAGUAAACUGCUCCAGGUCGGCUUCUACGAGAUCAUUUGUACACUGGGGAAGGGUAACUUUGCUGUGGUGAAACUGGCAAGACACAAAAUCACUAAAACACAGGUUGCCAUUAAAAUCAUUGAUAAAACUCGCUUGGGUGCUGCAGACAUGAAUAGACUCAACAGAGAGGUUCAAAUCCUGAAGCUUCUGGACCACCCUUACAUCAUCAAACUUUACCAGGUUAUGGAAAGCAAGGACAUGUUGUACUUAGUAACAGAAUAUGCAAAGAAUGGGGAGAUAUUUGACUAUCUCGCUUCCAAUGGUCGCCUGAGUGAACUGGAUGCACGUAGAACAUUCUGGCAAAUCCUCUUGGCUGUGGAGUAUUGCCACAAGCACCACAUUGUGCAUCGAGACCUUAAAGCUGAAAACCUGCUCCUCGACAAUAACAUGAACAUCAAACUGGCAGAUUUUGGUUUUGGAAACUUCUUCACACCUGGUGAGCCUCUGUCCACCUGGUGUGGAAGUCCCCCUUACGCAGCGCCAGAGGUUUUCGAGGGGAGGGAGUAUGAGGGACCCCAGCUAGACAUUUGGAGUCUAGGAGUGGUUCUCUAUGUACUGGUGUGUGGCUGUUUGCCUUUUGAUGAGACUAAACUUCCUGCCCUGAAACUACGUGUCACCCAGGGAUGCUUUGCGGUCCCUUACUUCAUGUCACAGGAGUGUGAGAACCUGAUACGCAGGAUGUUGGCAGUGGACCCAGCCAAGCGCAUCAGCAUCGCCCAGAUCCGGCAGCACAGCUGGAUGCAGGCGAGCCAGGCCUGUCCCAGCAACCCCUGCCCCAGUGGAUACCUCCGGAUGGACCACUACAGCGAGCUAGUGCUAAGACUCAUGCAGGAGAUGGGCAUUGACAAGCAGAAGACAACAGACUCUUUACAGAAUAGCAGCUACAACCACUUCUCUGCCAUCUACUGGCUCUUGCUGGAGAGAAUGUCCAAGGGCCAACAGCAAAUCCAACAGACUCAGGAUCAGUCGAAAGAGCCUGCUUACUCCAUUGAGCUUUUAGUAGAGAUGAAGCCAACCAUCCCCCAUCACAUAAACUCUGCAUAUCCCAGCAGCCUUCUCUGCACUGGAAUUAGCGAGGAGGCAGGGGCUGAAGACAUAGGGAAAGAGGCGGAGCAUCUGCCUCUCUCAGCUGUCACUAAGUCCAGGUGGAAGAUAUGCAGGCACACCGUCUCUGAGGUCCCAUGCUCCAUGUCCGUGAGCCACCCACCAAGCAUUGUGGUGGAUCUGGGGGACGACACUACCUCCGACAGCUGCCCAAGGUCCUCGCCCUGCCCGUCCUCCCGUAACUCCAGCGCAUCUUUCACUUCUGCCCAUGUCCUUUCAGUAGCAGGUCCAGAUCUCUACCGAGCCCAGGAACAGCUCCCAAUCUUAGCGAUGUCAGUAAGAGAUCCUUCACCUCUUUCAUCUGUCCUGAGGUUCCAGAAUAGUCUCCAGAGUCCCGGUUUCCAGGAGGAUAGAAGAGUCUCUGACACCUCCCUAACACAAGGUCUUGGGGCUUUUCACCAAUUGAGGAAGGAAAUUUGGGCAAAAGGUGAGCCAGGUUUGAACAAAGCCUGUGGACCAGCACAGUAUAUCUGGACUCCAGCACACACCCUUCAGGAAGCCAGUGGUUCUGUAGGAGCGCCUGUUUUGCCUGGCUAUCCAGCACAGGCUCACUCAUGGGACAUUCUUUACACACCAGCAGAAGGCAUUCAGGACUAUCAAACAAUGCACCAACUUCUUUAUCAUGAUCAUCAUCUUCAUCAGCAGCAGUUGUUACAAGGGCCACCUCCUCCUCCACCUCCCAUUACACCUAUCCAGCAGCACACUCUCCAUCUACCUACAGCUCUGGUUUUCAUACACCCGGACUAUGCUCUGGAAUAUCCAGAGAUCCACCUCAAAGCCCCAUCACACCUUCAGACUCCUCUCAGGAUGACGGAUUAAUGUAUGAUUGAUCAUUCAUCAGUUUGAACACAGGGACAUUUCCAUGGUUAUAUUUUCACAUUUUGUGAAUUUAUUCAUCCUGAACAUGCAUAUUAUAGCACUGCAGACACAUGGCAGUGGUGCUGAAUACCUUGGUGAUCCUUUGAAUAAACAUAAUGUUAGAUAUUUAACUGCUUGUGUUAUUCAUUACAGAAAAUUAGCCAAGAUAGGAACUUCCUCACCUAUUUUAUAGGAAUUUAGGCAUCAUCUUGUGUUACAAUGUGCAUUUUCAUUACAAACCAAUGCUAUGCUGUGACAAUUAGGAGAAGAUCAGUUUGGCAGUACAAUGUCAGUUUUUACAAUGAUAUGUCAUACAGGAGACAGCUGUUUACAUCUCAGCUCUUUAUUAAGUGAGACUGCAGUCCAAUUCAAGCUUUUCCAUCAGUGUGACAUUUAGUGCUCCAUUGACAAGGUCUGUGACAUUUACAUCCUUUCUCUCAUUCAAUAUAAUGACGUCUACUUCAUGAACAGAUGGCCUUCAAGGUACUCCUCGACUAGAAUCGAUGACGUGUAUCCUCUUGUCCUGACUACAGGACAAAAGAAAAUGAAUAAAAAUAAAUGCAUUUGUACAAA